AUGCCUAUUCCUUUUAAUUUUAGUCAUAUAAAAAUAGUAAUGAUAAUUUCAGUGAUACUAAUAAACUUAGUAGCAGCCUCUCCUUCACAACCAAAAUGACCUCAAUAUUUUAUAUCUUCAAUAACAGACACUAUUUUAGAUGAAAAUCAGAAUCAGAAAUUUACUAAUGGAACAUAUUAUUUCAAUUUUCUUGCAAGAAGCAGCAGAAUUGAUUUGGAAGAUGGCCAAUAUGAUCCUUUAUGCAAGUUAAAUGGGUUUGAAGAUCUCAUAUAUAAUCCGUGCAGAAUAUAUGCUACAGGUGGCAAUACUUUUAUAUUUUACCCUGUUGACUCUUAUUGUUGUUGAUGCUGCAAUGCUAGCCAAGGCUGUGGGAAUAUUUACCCAAAUGCAUUAUUAAGAGAACUUGAAUUUUUGGGUGAAAAUGAAAUUGAUGGGAAAAGUGGAUAUUUUUGAAAAAGGGAUGAUUAUGCUUAUUUUGAAACUAUAGGUGAUAAUCCAGAAAAUAGGGAUACAAUCAUAAUUAUUGAAGAAUCUAAAAAUAUUACUUUUGAAAGUAUGAAUCGAACUUUGCCUGAUCAGAAAACUUUUGAUUUGCCAUGGGAGUGCAAAGUGAGCCAUUCUUGUCCAGAAGAAUCACUUUGCGGUCGAAUAAGAAAGAAAGGAAUAGAUAAUUUGAAAGAUAUUUCGCCUAUAUAUUAA